AUGGAAUGGCGAGGUGUUUCCCAGCGCUUGGUGCAGCGAGUUCGGGUACUUGCGUGCUUUCAGCAGACGAACUACGAAUUCCAUUCAGAAAAAGUCGGUGUUCAAGAGCAUUCCAAGCAGCGGAAGCAGGCUGAUUAUUCGAACAGCAGCUCCCCAACGAACGCAAAGCUGCAGCCGGAGUGUGCCGCAGUCUGGACGCCCGCACAUGUUGAGCUCAUUGAGACACUGUGGCUGGAGUCUUCCGAUCAGAAUGUCCCUUUGAAUAAACAACAUCUUGUCGGUGUCUAUUUGGCUUUCUAUGAUCCGCCAUCGACGCUGCUGCCGAAGCUAGUGCUCGACGUAGGACACUGUUUCUGGAGGUUCCAGGAUGGAACCUCUACGCUUUGUAUCACGUACUAUAGCGACGGUUCUGCGAGUGCAGGAACUCAGUGUAGUUCGAAGCCUCGAUACCGUCCACGUGGUCUUGUGGGGCUACGUGAUGCCUCACCUCUAGCGAUGCUGCAGCCGAUGAACAUGCAUGACUCUUCGACAGACACCGGAAACCUGAUCUUUGCGGAGAAGAAGCAGCGGAGUAUCAUACUCGGAACCCUUGUGCACGAGAUGCUCCGAAGCAAGGCAGCACUCAGCGGAGUCAAUGAACGCUACGUGCACGCUGUUUACGAGCUCGUGGCGACUGAGGCCCUCUAUGUGGCGGACCUCCAGACGAUCCUUCGAGCUUUUCUGUACCCAAUUCGUGACGCAUACAAGGUGGGGCUUUUGCCUCUCGAGUACGAGCGGCAGCUCAUCGAUUCGUUUUCAAACACUCAAGUGCUCGCAAAGGUACAUGAGGAUCUCCUCCAAGAGCUCUCUGACUGCUUUCGCGAAUGGCAGCAAACCUCCAUGUACAAUUUUGGAACGCCUCCAGAGCCCAAGGCAUCAGCGACUUGCCCUCUGGAUCGUGUCGCUCGCGUCCUGCUCUCGAAAGCGUUCCUCUUCCACUUGUAUUCGCAGUACUGUUCGGACUUUUUUGAGCGCAGCGAAAGACUGGAAAAAAUGCUCCGCCAAGCUCCAGUUAUACGAGAUUUUCUUCAUCGAUGCGAAAGCUCGGAAUUGUGCCGCGGCGAAAGCCUCGGUUCUUUCCUAAUCAAACCGGUCCAGCGUCUCACUCGCUAUAGCCUUCUGCUACACAAGAUAAGGAGUGAGGGCUCUGGCAGGUCAUGCGAGCAGGAACUGACUGAGGCAGCGCGCCGACUUGGCGAUAUCGCCGAGCUGGCCAACAAAAGGCAGGAGCUAGCAGAUGACAGCCGGAAGCUUGCCGCCCUUUGUCUCGAGUGCGGUGGCGAUCAACGCGUGAUUGCUGCAGGACGGCGAAUCAUCCGUAUGCAAAAUGUUGCUUAUUUUGGUGGUAUACAGAGAGGUCGUCUGAGCCAUAAGAAGGCACGCGAGGGACGCCUCGUGCUCUUCGACGACGCGCUCAUGCUAGUGGAGCCGCACACAUCACGGCACGGAAAAGGAGGCUACAUGAUUCGUUGGAUUGUGCCGCUCGGUAGGCUGACAGUACGGGAGCUUCAUGACCACGCGGGCUUUAGUGCCAACAACUGCAUAUUCCUCACAGGAGCAGAGACUUCCGACUGGCUUCAUGCAUUUGAGGCACUCGUGUCCCCGAGAGAUGCAGGUCGCACCUCAUGGGAGGAGAAUUUAUCUCCUCCGACCCACGAUGCAGUGGAGUUCUGGGGAGCCCGUGCAGGUCUGCGGCACCAGCGUCGGAAGGCAGGCCAGUGA